AUGGCGUCCAUCUUGCUGCGGAGCUGCCGCGGCCGGGGGCCCGCCCGCCUCCCGCCGCCCCGCGCCGCCGCCCCGAGGGAAGGCCUGGGGGACCGUGCCUGUCUCGGCUGUGCCCACGCCUUGAGGUUCAUAAGCCGCACGAAUGUUCCUUUUGGCUGCUAUACCCGGGCCCACCCUGGGUGCCUGUCCCUCAGAGGGGAGUCCCUGGGCUGCUGGACUCCGAGGCCCAAGUGCCCGGGCUGCGCCUCCCGCAGGCCGUGGCUUGUCCCAGGGCCCGGGCUCCUGCACGCACGCUGCUGGCACUCAUCCCCACCCCGGGCUGACGACUCGGUGGUGGAGAAGUCCCUCAAGUCCUUGAAGGACAAGAACAAGAAGUUGGAGGAGGGCGGGCCCGUGUACAGCCCGCCCGCGGCUGUGCCCGUGAAGACAUCGCUGGCGCAGAAGGUGCUGGACGAGCUGAAGCACUACUACCACGGCUUCCGCCUGCUCUGGAUCGACACCAAGAUCGCCGCCCGCACGCUCUGGCGCAUCCUCAACGGCCACAGUCUGAGCCGCAGGGAGCGCAGGCAGUUCCUCCGGAUCUGCGCCGACCUUUUCCGCCUGGUCCCCUUCCUGGUCUUCGUGGUGGUGCCCUUCAUGGAGUUCCUGCUGCCCGUCGCCGUGAAGCUCUUCCCUAACAUGCUGCCAUCCACCUUCGAGACGCAGUCCAUCAAGGAGGAGAGGCUGAAGAAAGAGCUGCGGGUCAAGCUGGAGCUGGCCAAGUUUCUCCAGGACACCAUUGAGGAGAUGGCCUUGAAGAACAAGGCUGCCAAGGGCAGCGCCACCAAGGACUUUUCCAUGUUUUUCCAGAAGAUCCGAGAGACGGGCGAGAGGCCCAGCAAUGAGGAGAUCAUGCGCUUCUCCAAGCUGUUCGAGGACGAGCUGACCCUGGACAACCUGACGCGGCCGCAGCUGGUGGCGCUGUGCCGGCUGCUGGAGCUGCAGUCCAUCGGCACCAACAACUUCCUGCGCUUCCAGCUGACCAUGCGGCUGCGUUCUAUCAAGGCCGACGACAAGCUGAUCGACGAGGAGGGCGUGGACAGCCUGAAUGUCAAGGAACUGCAGGCGGCGUGUCGGGCGCGAGGCAUGCGUGCUCUGGGCGUCACGGAGGACCGUCUGCGGGACCAGCUGAGGCAGUGGCUGGAGCUGCACCUGCGCCAGGAAAUCCCAUCCUCGCUGCUCGUCCUGUCCCGAGCCAUGUACCUGCCGGACACGCUCUCGCCCGCCGACCAGCUCAAGUCCACGCUGCAGACGCUCCCGGAGAUAGUGACAAAGGAAGCCCAGAUGAAAGUGGCCGAGGUGGAGGGCGAGCAGGUGGACAACAAGGCAAGGCUGGAGGCCACGCUGCAGGAGGAGGCAGCCAUCCAGCAGGAGCAGCGGGAGAAGGAGCUGCAGCGGCUCUCUGAGGCAGCGAAGGAAGCCGAGCCAGAUGUGGUAGUGGUGGAAGCUGCCCCCGGGAGGCCGGCACCUGAGCCGCAGCCGGAAGCAACUAGUGUGACCCUGCCAGCUGAGCCCCUGAAGGACACCGCCCCCACCCUGGAAGGCUUGAAGGGCGAGGAGAUCACCAAGGAGGAGAUUGACAUCCUCAGCGACGCCUGCUCGAAGCUGAAGGAGCAGAAGCAGCCCCUGACCAAGGAGAAGGAGGAGCUGGAGCUGCUCAAGGAGGACGUGCAGGACUACAGUGAGGACUUGCAGGAGAUCAAGAAGGAGCUUUCGAAGACUGGUGAGGAGAUAUUCGUGGAGGAGUCGAAAGCCAGCAAGCGGCUGACGAAGCGGGUGCAGCAGAUGAUCGGGCAGAUCGACGGCCUACUAUCCCAGCUGGAGACUGGCCAGCGGGCGGGCGGGCCCGGCACCCCCACUGAGAGCACGCCCUCGGGGGAGACCGUCGUCAGCACCACUGAGCUCAUCACCGCCAUGAAGCAGAUCAAGGACAUUCCGGAGAACAAGCUCAUCAGCUUGGCCUCGGCGCUGGACGAGAACAAGGAUGGCAAGAUCGACAUCGACGACCUGGUGAAGGUGAUUGAGCUCGUGGACAAGGAGGACGUCCACAUCUCCACCGGCCAAGUGGCUGAGAUCGUGGCCAUGCUGGAGAAGGAGGGGAAGGUGGAGGAGAAGGAGAAGGCCAAGGAGAAGGCCGGGAAGGAGGCCGUGGAGGUGAAGAACUAGGCCACUGGCCAUCUGCACCCCGCUGGGCCCCGUGCUCCUGCCAGGACCAGGGCCGCUCGGGGCGCGCCGAGGUGGCGAGCAGGGACACGUCUGCGCUUUUGUCUGGAAUAAAUCAGAAACUCUCAUAAUCAAGUAAUUUUUAAUUUUCAUCAUUCCACGAAGAUGGUUGGGCCGCAGCCUGGGCCGCCCGGGCAGUGGUGUGGCCCCCGUGGGCCCUGGCCUGAGACGCAGUGCUGGCCACACGGGGCAGGGAGCGCCCGCGAGGGGCGGCUGCAUGGACCCCACUGCUGGUGGAGUCUGGGCCGAGGCCUCCGUGGGCGCCGGACACUUACGCACAUCCUCUGCCUGGGGACGCACCAUCUGGGCCCCGGGGACGCGGGCUCGGACGCUGGACAGCACCGCGACGGCCCACCCUGCCUGUGCCGGAGCUGCCCCUGGAGCGGCCAGAAGACGCGUCCACUCGUCUGUCCAUGGCCAGAGCGUGGGUCCCCGGCAGGAGUGUGCCAGAGCUCGCUCUCGAUUGACCUGGAACUCUCAGCUGACCCUUCACCCGCUCCCCAACACAGAUGCGUGCCCCUGCCCUGCUGGAUGACACCCCACGCCAUGCGGGGUGAAGCCAGGCACGAUGGGGCGUGCUGGUGGUGGUGCUGCUGGAAAGUGGCAUCAUCCAGGUUUGCUCUGCAUUGCCCCGAGGGUGGUGGGAGCGGUCUCCUGUGCCCCUAGGGACUCUGCGGGGCUCCGCUGCCCGGGGGCAGCCUCCGUGGGCGUGGCAGCCAGCCCUGGCGUGGGGCGGGCGUGGUGACUGCUGUGUGUCUGGGCAACUGAACACGGGCAUCCCGACCCCGCGCCUGGAGAAGAGGACUCAACAGCGGUAGCUUCUAGAUCACCGGAGAACCUCCCCCGCCACGACACGCCUGCCCGGCAUCUGGACUGUCUGGUGGGUAGUGCAGGCCCUGCCCUUGCGCCCCGUCCUCCCACUUUUGCUGCCCUCGCUUGCCCAAGCCGCUGUCUGCGGGCAGGUGUCGCGAGUGGCCUGGACGCCCAAGUCCCGCGGCACGUUUGUCAGGCGCUGCGUCUGCCCGAGUGGCCUCCCUACCCGGUGCUCGUGUUGGCGGCUGCGCGGCCUCUGCCCGCCUGAGGGCGCAUCAGGGUUUCCUGACCCUGGUGCCUCCGUGGCCCCUAACCUGACCCCGCUUUUGGUAGGCAUUUGGGCAACUGACGUGCGACCUGCGGAGUCGCUCCGGAAGGGCAGGCCCAGACUUCCCCGUGAACUGAAGGCCCCUUCGGAUGUCGGGAGGGCCUCUGGCCGGCGGCCCCGGGGCCAGCGCGUCCAAACAACCCUUGAAAGAGUUUGUUUAACAGGCCUCCCGCGUCCGGUGCCGGCCAAGGACCAGGUCCUGAGCCGCCUGGCGCUGUGAGCUGGUGGCGCAGGGCAGUGGGGUGGCCUCCAGGGGGAGCCCGGCCGCCCCUGGCCUGGAGACUGGAGACCCCCGGCUGGCGUCGGUGGGGGGCUGGGGGGAAGGGCUAAUAAAGCGCUGU